AUGACCACCCAUCGUGUCCUGAUAUACUUGUUGCGACGAGACCUCCGACUUCCAGAUAAUCCCGUCUUUCACGAGAUACAUCAACUCUCCCAGCAGGCGCAAAAGGCAUUUACUCACGUUCUUCCUGUAUAUGUUUUUGCCGCCCAGCAGGUCGAAGUCUCCGGAUUCGUCACCGAGCCUGGUUCCAAAUCGCCUUUCCCCGAGGCGCGUUCAGAGGUGGGAAAGUUCUGGAGAUGUGGCCCUCACAGAGCCAAAUUUCUCGCCGAAUCAAUUUGGGACCUAAAGUCUCAGCUCGAGGGGGUGGGUAGCGGUCUGUGUAUCCGCGUCGGUAUCUUAGGUCAGGUGGUGGAAGACAUCCUGGACCAGUUCCGUCAGGCAGACGAAGCAUCUGUCUCAGCAGUAUGGAUGACAGAGGAGGAAGGCGUGGAGGAGAAGCGGGAGGAACGGGACGUACGCAAGGCUGCUGAGAAGUUUGGGACUGGCUUCAGGUUAUGGCUGGAUGAGAAAUACUUCAUCGAUGACCGAGAUUUGCCGUUCGACAAGCCUUCUGAUCUUCCAGAUGUCUUCACCAGCUACCGGAAGUCAGUAGAGCCGUUGAGGGAAGCGCCACGCAAAACACUACCCUCGCCGCCAUCGUUGCCUCCGUUGCCAACGUCAGUCCCGUUGCAGACCCCUCCAUUUUCAAUACCUGACACGUUCGAGAAGUUGGAAUCGGCCCUGAUGAAACCGCUGAUGGCCAAUCCUCCGCUCUCCAAGCCACCUUGCUUUCCUUCUUCGGGGGUCGCUUCUGCCCAUCCUUUCCAUGGGGGCAAUACAGAAGGAGAAAAACGGGUAGAAUUCCUGGUGAAAUCGGGGCUCAUGAGCAGAUACAAAGACACCCGCAACGGUCUGUUAGGGACGGAUUUCUCUACCAAACUUUCGGCUUGGCUGGCGCUCGGCUGUAUCACCGCCCGCCAAAUACACUCCCAGCUGCUCGAGUUUGAGGAAGGGAGGGAUGACCGAUAUCGAGCCGCAGAAGGAUAUGGGAAGGGGGAAAACUCCGGCACUGCUGCUGUACGAUUUGAGCUCUUAUGGCGAGACUACAUGAGGCUCUCUACACGAAAAUUUGGCUAUCGGUUGUUUCGGCUGGAAGGGUUCCGGAAUGAGCACUCUUCCGCGUGGAAGACACCUGGCAGCAAAGGCAGUGGCCCGGAAGUAGCAGAGAUGUUGGAUAGAUUUCUUCGUGGGACAACUGGGACAACCUUUAUCGAUGCAAGCCAACGCGAGCUCUUCCAUACGGGAUACACAAGCAACCGAGCUCGACAAAACGUGGCGAGCUUCUUAGCAAAGCACCUGGGCGUGAACUGGAAAUUGGGGGCCGAGUGGUAUGAAUGCAUGCUGACGGACUACGACGUCAGCUCCAAUUGGGGCAACUGGCAAUACGUGGCUGGGGUGGGGAAUGACCCUCGUGGCGAAGCCAGAGUCUUCAACCCUAUCAAACAAGGCUGUGACUACGAUCCCCGAGGUGAGUAUUGCAAGGCUUGGGUAGAAGAGCUGCGCGGUCUGCAGGAUGCGCAGGAAAUAUUUCAACCGUGGAAAGUGAGCAAGGAAAGGAGGGCCGAGUUGAGACUGAAUGGACUCGACGCGGUUGAGCGUCCAUUGAAGAGAAUCGAUUUCAAGGUCGGCGGCAAAGGUAGAGGCAGUAGUAGUGGGAGUGGCCGGUACGGGGGGAGCAGCCGAGGAAGAGGCAAUGGUGGAGACAGGGCGCGAGGGCGGGGCAGCGCCAGUUUUGGGACGAGGGGAGGGCAUCGUGGCCGUGGGAAGAGUGAUGCAGGUCCAGAGCAAGGCCAUCAUGGAAGAGAUUAG